AUGCUCCCGACACCUACGCCAGGGCCCAGACUGUGGGAUGGGUAUCUCCUCCCAAUAGAACAGCAGAUCUGGAAGACCAGCACCGAGACAAUUGGAAGAAUCCUUGCCACAGAUAAAAUACCAGCCCUGGAAGGGUUCCGAUCAUACAGUCCAAAUCAAGAGAGACAGGGACCACACAUAAGUCCACUUAGACACAUUUACAGACGUCUCCACCAACGUUGUGGCAUAACAAUCACAGAACAAGAGACAAUUCCACCAUAUAUUGUACCACCAUGGUGGCAAGGACCGAGCAUAUCCAUUGCAUCGGACGCAGAAAUGGCGAAGACACAACAUAAGAACUUCUUAAAGCACCCCUCGAACAGUAUCUUUAUCUACACCGAUGGAAGCGGCAUAGAUAAUCACAUAGGGGCUGCCGCAAUAUCGCCCGUGACCAGAUGUACAAAGAUGGCGUAUAUGGGAAAUAGCGAAACGUCAACAGUAUACGCCGCAGAACUUCAAGGAAUUAAGCUAGCUCUCCAAAUCGCAGUUCAAGACCAAGAGAUAGGGAACAAAAGAAACAAGGUAGUCAUCUUCACGGACAAUCAGGCGGCCAUCAGGACACUUCAGCACCCAGCCGGCAGAUCAGGCGCAUACAUAGCUAUCGAGGCAGUCGCCCUGAUAGACAAGCUACAGAAGAACCAUGGAAUCCAGGUUGAGAUAAGAUGGAUCCCGGCCCAUAUAGGCAUUUGGGGCAAUGAAGCAGCAGAUAAGGCGGCUAAAUUUGCAGCAAAAUCACAAUCAGAGGGGAAUCGGGGAAACCCAAACGUCGUCCAGCCCAAGACAUAUCACCUGCAAGCAACCCUAAAGACGUGGAUUAUGAGGCAGACGAGAGCAGAGUGGGCAUACAAGUGGGACCUGGAACCAAGAGGGAGAGCUACAUACAAAUACACUCAGAAGCCGACACACAAGAUCCUGCAUCUCCAUCGGAGGCUAAAGAAGUGGCAAAGCUCUCUAUUGAUCCAGAUGCGCACAGAAAAGAUUGGAUUAAGAGACUUCCUCUGGAAGAGGAAAGUACCUGGGUAUAACGAUCCAGGAUGUGAAUGCGGGGAGGGACGACAAACUGUAGAACAUAUCGUAUUAAGAUGUCGAAAAUUCAAAGACCUGCGACAGAGGGAAUUUGGGGGAGGAAGGUGGUUAGACCUGAAGGCAAUCUUGACCGAGUCGAAAACAGCCAUAAAGGUAAUAAGAUUUAUGGAACAGACGCAACUCCUUGGGCAAUUUAGGAGCUGCAGUACAGUGCAAAGAGACGAAGCGGAACGCUGGGGGGAGACUGAAGGUAUAAGGACAUGA